CCCUCUGGGUCGCGGAGCGGGAUGAACUCUGGCGCGGGCGGCGGCAGCGGCGGCGGCUGCGCUGGGGCCGCGGCGCGGUCCCGAGGGGGCAGUCCCGGAGGGGAUGGCUUUGCCCCGUCGGCGCUGGGGACUCGAGAGCAUUGGGAUGCUGUCUAUGAGAGAGAACUGCAAACUUUCCAAGAAUAUGGAGAUACAGGAGAAAUCUGGUUUGGAGAAGAGAGUAUGAAUCGGCUAAUAAGGUGGAUGCAAAAACGCGAGAUUCCAUUGGACGCUUCAGUGCUUGAUAUUGGAACUGGAAAUGGUGUUUUCUUGGUUGAACUUGCAAAAUUUGGAUUUUCUAAUAUUACUGGAAUUGAUUACUCUCCUUCUGCAAUACAGCUUUCUGGAAGUAUUAUAGAGAAAGAAGGUUUAUCUAACAUUAAGUUGAAGGUAGAAGACUUUUUGCAUCUUUGCACAGAGCUGUCUGGAUUUCAUGUUUGUGUUGACAAGGGGACUUUUGAUGCCAUAAGCCUUAAUCCUGACAGUGCAAUCGAGAAGAGGAAGCAAUAUGUGAAAUCCCUCUCCAGGGUGUUGAACGUCAAAGGCUUUUUCCUAAUAACCUCAUGUAAUUGGACCAAGGAAGAGUUGCUAAACGAAUUCAGUGAAGCUUGCAUUACCCAGAGCUCUUCAUCCAGUGAGUUGCAAGCGUGACAUUUGCUGUGUUUUCAGCACCUGCCAACUUGGAAACCGGGGUUUGUGCUCAGGACUUAGGCUUACAACCCACACUUUGUGGUGCACAAUGCUGUCCCAGCUGGCAUGCUUCGUACCUCAAUGGUGCUAGACGUUUGGUUACAAAGCUGUGCGGAUUCACAUGCGCUGAUUUCAAUAGGCAUUCCGCUUCAAGCUGCUUUCAACUCUCAUUUUGUAUCAAAGGAGUUAGAUUGGUAUCAUUAAAUUCACUGCCAUGGUUAUUUUUCAAUGAAAAUACAUUUGUUUUAUUUAGUUCUUGAAUCAAAAAGUAACUUUGUCUUCAAGAAUCGAAGUGCCUCUUAAAAAAGGUGUGUAUAUAGAUAGGGGAGAUACCUCUCGCUCUAUGUGUAGAUAUUUCUACUUACCUACCUUCCUACCUGUCUGUCUGUCUAUGGAUAUGAGAGAGAUUCCAGCCAGAGCUAUAAUUCCUUUUCCUCAGUGGAAAAGUUUCAGAACACAAUAUAAAAGAUCAGAAAGGGAAGAAUGGAAGGAUUAGUGUGUCCUAACAUGCAUGUGUAGGUAGGGCUGUUAGUUGUAGCUGGCUCAUAGAUGAAUAAAAUCUACAUUAGAAAAUUGUCCCCAUAGUAGAUUCAGAUUUUUGGCUUUUAUCUGUAACCAAAAACUUGCCAUAUUUUCCAAAGAAAUGUAUUUUGCUAACUUGUUUUCCGUAGCCAGUCUUUUUGAAAAUGCUUCAGGUGGACUUGGUGGUGUUUGUCUUCCCAUCAUCUAUUAUAAGCAACUUUAAAAGGUUCUGCUUUAGAAAAGAUCUUUUCAGAUUUAGAAAGGACAGUGUGAAAUGUGAAUGACUGGCUUUUAAUACAACAGUUGUGACAAAGAGGCAGUGGCUUUUGGAAGCCGAAUAAAGGGGUUAAUACACAC